CAAGCUUGCCUUUUGACUCUUAUCGGGUCGAUGUCUGCACUCGCGGUUGGCCGUCUGCGCCAACUGCGUUCUUUUCCUGUAACGCGACGCCCAUACUCCUCUUUCUUUUCCAGGGCUGGUGGUGGAGGACGUUACUUUACCGCCCACAAGCCAGCAAAGCCCGUCGUUGGCAAAGACACGCCCUCGGAAACCACCGAACCGUCUAGCCAGCCAGCAACGCCAGCAGAAGCCAUCCCGAGGCCCAACAUCAAACGACUCGAAGCCCGUGUCCCGCCACCUCACCCCGUAGUGGAGCUGGGCGACCUCCACCUGCACCAAUUCUUUUCCCUCCACCGGCCGCUGCUUUUGCUAAAUAAGCCGGCAUCGAUAUUCAACACCCCCGACCCGUCCACGCCUCUGUUUGCGCGCGGAGAACAGAUGCUCCAGUCGUCAUCGGCCAUCAACAUGCUACGCCAGCCCGAGGCUGAUGUCGAAAUUGGACGCCAGCUCAUGCGCGCUAUCACGAUGAACAAUGCGAGUGCUGCCGUGUCGUGGGAGAGCGCCCUCCAGAGGCUGGGGCUGGAUUCAAAGGGAAUCCAGGCAGCGGAAUGGAGCAACAAGUGGGAGAUCAGCGCGGACAGCACAAAGAGGAAACGAAGAAAGAAGAUGAAGAAACACAAACUACGGAAGCGGAGAAAGUUGACGCGCUCAGAACGGCUCAAACUCAAGUAA